AUGUCUACUGAAGAAUUCUCCGGCGAUGAUCAGCUCUAUUCCGACGGAAGUAUGAAUGGUUUUGAUGCCAAAACCGGAAUAUAUCAUGCCCUGCCCAAACUCGGACACCGUCACAAAAUCCCCACCAGGCCUGACCUUGACACUGCCACAUUUGUACUGUCGCAGUUCCCACCCCAUCACCAGGCCAAGUCACGAGUUGCACUCAUUGACUCAGCCACCAACCAGCGUGUCACCUAUGCACAGCUUCAUCACUCAUUCAGUGUCUUGCAUCAGGCUUUGCUAUCCAUCGGUGCAGUUUUAACCACUGCCAAUCCACUCAAUACCAAGUCAGAAAUCGGUAAGCAAGUUCGUGACUCGGGUGCCAAGCUUGCUAUUUCAGCUCCUGAGGAGCUUCACAAGUUGGCCCCAACUGGGGUGCCUACAAUUUUAACAUCGAGGCCAUUGUUGAGUGGAGACAACUCUCUGUGCAUUGAAGAAUUGAUUGAAGGCUGUGAUCCAAUUCCAACCGAGCUAAUACAAGCCCGCCCAACUCAGUCGGACACUGCUGCUAUUUUGUACUCUUCAGGGACUACUGGGACAAGCAAAGGUGUAGUUCUAACACAUGCAAAUUUCAUUGCCGUUAUGACAACGCUUAGAUGGACUGUGGACGGGACAUCAGCUCAAGAUGAUGUGUUUCUGUGCUUCAUUCCUAUGUUCCACAUCUACGGGCUCGCUUUCUUUGGUCUUGGAUUGUUUUGCUCAGGAACCACCACUGUUUUGAUGCAAAAGUAUGAGUUCAACACCAUGUUGGAUGCUAUAAAAACUCACAAGGUGAGUAACAUACCUGCCGUGCCGCCGGUGAUUCUUGGACUAGUAAAGCAUGCAAGCAAAGCUGCGUGUGACUUGUCAUCGUUGAGGAGGGUAAGUUCAGGAGCUGCACCAUUGAGCAAAGAAGUAGUUGAUGAGUUCAGAGAGAGGUUCCCUUGGGUCCAGAUGAGGCCAGGCUAUGGCCUAACAGAAAGCUGUGGUGCAGCAACGUUUUUCAUUUCGGAUGAACAGGCUAGGGGUCACUCUGCCUCUUGUGGGUUGUUGCUGCCAAGCUUUUGUGCUAAGAUAGUUGAUAUUGAGACUGGAGAGGCCUUGCCACCAUAUAAGGAAGGGGAGCUGUGGAUGAAAAGUCCUACUAUUAUGAAAGAGUAUUUGGGGAAUGUGGAAGCAACAGCUGCAACAAUUGAUUCAGAUGGGUGGCUGAAAACUGGGGAUCUUUGUUAUUUUGAUGAGGAUGGGCUUCUUUACAUUGUUGAUCGGAUCAAGGAGCUCAUCAAGCAUAAUGGGUAUCAGGUUGCUCCGGCAGAAUUGGAGGCAAUACUUUUGAGUCACCCUCAAAUUCUUGAUGCAGCGGUUAUACCGGUUGAAGACGAAGAAGCAGGACAAAUACCAAUGGCAUAUGUGGUGAGAGCAGCUAGUCCAGAUGGACUCACUGAAGACCAAGUCAUUCAAUUUGUUGCCGGCCAGGUGGCUCCCUACAAAAAGUAG